AUGAUGCAAGACCUCGCCGUCAUUGACGUGUCACGAGCCGAUCUUGCUUGCUGCCGUGCCGCUCGGUACAGUAUGACGGUAGCCAACCUCCUUCCGACGAUCCACGAUACGAUGAAGUACUUUGCCCUUUCGAUGGUCUCUGCACUCGCGCUCGCCAGCAUUGGCAGCGAGGUAGCAUCUCGACCUCUGCCUCAAACACAGUCGGACACUCAGAACCAACGAUACGCCCAGCAAGCUCCUUCCUCCGGUAGCCAAGCAAGCCAGACUGGUUCGGCUGGUGGUUUUGGUGGUACUGCAUCUGCUACGCAGAACAACGACUACUCGCAAGUCGCACCUGGAAAUCAGGUGAUGAACGGAGGAGGUCAGAGCGCUUCCCUUCAAGGCUUGGCCGGCACUGUGAUGCAAGGUGCCAAUGUUGGUUCGCUCCUCCAGCGGCGUCAGUCGGAUGGUCAGUCGGGUCAGCAAGCUAGCGCUGGUGGAUACGCCGGUACCUCUUCUGCCUACCAGAACAACGACUAUUCCGGUGUUGCUCCCGGAAACUCUGUCGAACUGGGAGGAUCACAGUCGGCUUCCGACCAGGGUACUUCUGGCACCGUCGACCAAUUUUCCAACGGCGGACAGGUCAGCCAGAGGAGUCUCCCUAACGACCCUACGCAGCUGCUGAACGUGUUCCAGAACGGUAUCCCCACGGAAAUGGUCGCUCGCGCUGCCCAAGACGCCAGCAGCGAUGACAACGGCAUCUACAUUGUCAGCACCAAAUUCGGACCUCCCACGACGAGCGCCAACGAGCAGCACCCGGUCGCUUGUGCUCAGGGUGGUGAGCACUGCAUUCCUCACUACGAAGGAUUGGGCCCCGAAGAACGACCUUCUCCUCAGGUUGGAUAA